AUGUCAAGCCGUGCACUCAACGAACGUAACGACGAACAAACGAGUCCGUGGAGAACACGCAUCCACGCAUCCGGCGUAACGACACCGUUGUUACUUUUACACGCAAUCAUUAUCGUUCCAAGGUCUCAAGGAAGGAAGCAAAAGUCCAACUUCUCGAAAAGCUCGACCAAUGCCGCAGACGAGGAAUUAGCGAAGAAGAACAAAGCUGCUAAAGAUACUAGAUUAACCACGAACCUUCCUGACGAUGCUGCGGUGCACUUUGGAAACUUUUAUGGUAUUCAAAAAAAAUCGAACAAACCACGAGCUGGCAGAGUGAGAAGUCUUUUGGAUUCUACUAGUCCAUCAUCCACUAGCUACAAACCAACGCCGAGACUAGAAUUCACCAGGCAGAUGGUUCAAAAACUGGAACGAACAGCUGGUACGAAGGAAUACGCGCGACAAGUGUCAGCCUUAUUGGAGGAGACGGUCGAACCGGCGCAUUUCAAGCUGCAUUCAUUGCCGACCGAGAAUUCGAUUCCGGAUGGAAGAUACAAUCCCACGGGAUUCCCGCUCUGGUACAAGGAACCUUAUAAAAUGCCGUUCGCCUCGGACGAGGUUUACAAACUUCUUAAGGAGAGGUUGGAUAACGCCGAGGAAGGGAAGGCGAGAGAUAUUUUCAAAGAGGAUUCUUCUGAGAGAAGUUCAUUGGAAGAAUGGAGCGAAGAUGAAGAAGCAAGGUAUGGAGAAGAAAAUUUCCAAGACGAUGGAGCGAUAAACUUUCUAACGAGAGAAAGAUCUUCGACGAAUUUACUGUCUAAUGGAUCGUCUUCUGUAACAGAAGCGAAAGACACGGACUCCAAGGAAAGCAAUCAAAUACUUCUCGAUAAGAAACCAAGCAAAUUAGUCUCGUUCCAACAACGCUGAACUGUAAAUUGUUGUUGCUCGUGAGUACGUGAAAAAUAAAAAGCAAUUCUGAAUAUAAAUAGAAA